UCUCUGGAAAGCAGUUGUUUUGUUUGUUAUUCUGAAGAAAUGAGCAAUAUUUACAUCCAAGAGCCGCCCACAUCGGGCAAGGUGCUUCUGAAGACCACCGUGGGCGACAUAGACAUCGAGCUGUGGGCGCGCGAGUGUCCCAAGGCUUGCCGCAACUUCGUCCAGUUGUGCCUGGAGGGAUACUACAAAAACACCGAGUUCCACCGGCUGGUCAAGGGAUUCAUAGUUCAGGGCGGCGAUCCCAAUGGCGAUGGCACUGGCGGCGAGUCCAUCUACGGACAUCCGUUCAAGGAUGAGUUCCACUCGCGUCUGCGGUACACACGUCGCGGCCUGGUCGGGAUGGCAAACUCCGGCAAGGAUGACAACGCCUCGCAGUUUUUCUUUACGUUUGCGCCCACACCGGAGCUGCAAAACAAGAACACACUGUUUGGCAAGGUCACCGGGGAUACCAUCUACAACAUGCUCAAGCUGGAGGAAGGCAUUGUGGAUCACCAGGAGCGUCCCAUGCAUGCCCAUCGCAUUGUUUCCACAGAGGUUUUGAGCAAUCCGUUCGAUGACAUUGUUCCACGUGUGCUGGCCAAGCCCUCUGGGAAGAGUAAAAAGAGCAAGAAGGAAAGACAAGGAGUCAAAAACUUUGGCCUGCUUUCCUUUGGCGAAGAAGCCGAGGAUGACGAAGAGAAGACCAAAGUUUAUGUAAAACAGAACGCAGGCAAAGCUAAAUCCCUGCACGACGUCACCGAUGAUCCCAAACUGAGCAAGGAACCCAUUCGAGUGCCCAAAGUUGAACGAGCUGAAAGCGAGGAGCGCUUGUCCGACGAUUGCCUUGAGAAUAGUGUCAAGGCUCUACCUGAGGGUUCCAACUCAGAUCUCGUCAAAAUGAAGCUGGCCAAGAGUUCAAAGAGAACUUCAGAGAAAAAGGCAAAGCAGGUGGUGGAAAAGACCGAUUCGGAAAGCGAUGAAGAUGUUCUUAUGACGCGCGAGCAGGAAGAAAGUCGCAAAAUCUCAGAAAAGAAAUCCAAAAUUCGCGAGGAAAUUGCCUCGCUGAAAAAGGAAUAUCAAAAGGAUAAGCAAGAAAAGGAUAAACUUCUGAAUGGUCAGGAAAAGGACAUCAAACCAGCCGAGAUCAAGGGAGCCAAGGAAAAUCACUACAUCAGUGAUUUUAUAGAAUCCAAGGAGAAAUAUACUGCCAAGACCAAGGUCCAGCCAAAAGGACAGUCAAGAGAGGAGUUCACAUUGAGUUUACUCUCAAAAUUCCGCACCAAGCUGGACAAUUUGAAGCACAAGUCCGGCUCAGAUGAUGGCGAACCGGAACCAAAGGAUCUGGACGACAGGGUGGUGGAGCAGGAAAUUAUCGGCGACGACUGGCUCUCGCACACCUUGAAUUUCAACAGCACUGCCCCCGUUUUGGCCAAGGAUGCCAAUAAAAAGGGGGAUGAUUGGUACGAUGCCUAUGAUCCCCGCAAUCCCCUGAAUAAACGUAAACGGGGUGAAAAUACCAGUUCCAGCAAAUCAAAGGCCAGUAAGCGUGAUUUGUAAUUUUAUAUAAAAAAUAUAAAACUUUACAAUUUAA